ACUUCCCGAGCGCUUAGUACAGUGCUCUGCACACGGUAAGCGCUCAAUAAAUACGAUUGAAUGAAUGCAUGGUGCCGGAACACAGUGGAAGCAGUGAAAGCCAUCUGGGAAUAACGGGAAGAGAAUUCUUCGAUUUGAAACGGUGUCCAGCAGGUUAUUGUCGUAAGGACCAUGGCCCCUGGAAUGCCCAUGGCCGGCCCUGUGUGUCUGCUGGAGAACAGGCGGGACAAAAUGGUGCUGAACCCAGAGGCGUUGGAGAUCCUGUCCGGCAUUUCCCAGCCUGUGGUGGUGGUGGCCAUCGUGGGCCUGUAUCGCACUGGGAAAUCCUACCUGAUGAACAAGCUGGUGGGCCGAAACCAAGGAUUCUCUCUGGGCAACACAGUGCAAUCCCAUACCAAAGGCAUCUGGAUGUGGUGUAUCCCUCACCCCCAACAGCCGGGCAAGAUUCUGGUUGUGCUGGAUACCGAGGGGCUGGGGGACGUGGAGAAGGGCGACUCUGCGAAUGACUCCUGGAUCUUUGCCUUGGCGAUUCUGCUGAGCAGCAUGUUUGUGUUCAACAGCAUGGGCACUAUCAAUCAGCAGGCCAUAGAGCAGCUCCACUACGUGUCGGAGCUGACAGAGAAAAUCAGGGUGAAAUCCUCUCCCCGAGAUGAUGGCCUACAGGAUUCAUCAGAUUUUGUGAGCUUCUUCCCGGACUUCGUGUGGGCUGUGCGGGAUUUCAGUCUGCAGCUCGUGAUGGAUGGACACACCAUCACUGAGGAUGAAUACCUGGAGAAUGCCUUAAAAUUCAGACCAGGCAAGCACAGAAAAGUAGAAGAGGCCAACAUGUCUCGGGAGUGCAUCAGACUUUACUUUCGGAAACGUAAGUGCUUCGUGUUUGACCAGCCAACAACCCAGAAAGGCCUCUUGGCUCGCCUUGAGGAGGUGCAGGAGGAUCAGCUCAGUCUGCAGUUUCGGCAACAGGUUCAACGCUUCUGUUCCUACGUCUUCACUGAUGCCAAGACCAAGUGCCUCGGUGAGGGGAUCCCGGUCAGUGGAACCUGGCUGGGAGAGCUGGCCAAGACCUAUGUCGAUGCGAUCGCCCGAGGAGAUAUGCCCUGUCUGGAGAACGCGGUGCUGGUCCUGGCCAAGUUGGAGAACACGGCUGCCGUCCGGAAAGCUACCCUCCACUACGAGCAGCUGAUGAACCGACUGGUGCACCUGCCCACGGAAACCCAGCAGGAGCUGCUGGAUUUGCACGCGGCCUGUGAGAAAGAGGCUCUCCAGAUUUUCAUGCGGCAUUCUUUCAAGGAUGACAAGCGGGACUUCCAGAAAUCUCUUAUGGAAAACUUACAGAGGAUAAAAGAGGAUACCAUGCAGAAGAAUGAGCUGGUGUCUUUUGAACGCUGUAACGAUGAGAUCAAACAUCUCUCAGAACCACUAAAAAAGCACAUAUCUCAGGGGAAGUUCUCUGUGCCUGGAGGGUACAAAUGCUACCUGGAGGAGAAGAAAGCAGUUGUGGAUAAGUAUCAAAAAGUGCCUGGGAAAGGGAUAAAGGCAGAUGAAGUCCUUCAGAACUUUCUAAAGUCAGAGAGCACAAUGGGAGAGGCCAUCUUGCAGGCGGAUGAAGCGCUCUCUGAACAAGAGAAGGCCACAGCAGCUGCGUGUGCCCUGAGGGAAGCUGCCGAAGAGAAACAGAAACUGCUGAAGCAGCAACAGGAGGAAUUAGAGCAAAGAAUUAAAUAUCAGGAACGGACCUACGAGGAAAACAUUAUUCAGUUAAAGAAGAAGCUGGAGGAAGAUAGACGGCAGAUGCUGGAGAGUCAGGAACAAAUUCUCCAACAUAAACUCAAGGCCCAUGAGGCUAUGCUGAAUGAAGGAUUUCGGGAUAAAGCUAAGAAACUGCAAACUGAGAUUGACAAUCUGAAAAAGCAGCAGGAGGAUAAUAAGCAACCUUCUUUUAUCUCAAGUGCCCUGGACGUGCUUGGUACCGUCAUGACAAUUGUGCUGCCUGGUGUGGGUAAACUGGCUGGUCUCGGUUUAAGUCUCAUCAGCCGUCGGUUCAAAUAGUCGAAGGCCUUGGCAUUCCAGGCCUUAGGCCAAGCAGUUCAGCUUGGGGGGAAGUUAUGAGGGUUUUU